AUGGCCCGCGACGCAUCAGCAAGGCGCAACGGCUAUACAAGCCUCAGCUACACCAUGGCACUCGAGGAAGGACUCCGCAACAAAUAUAGACCAGGCGAGUUGUUUAUGCAGGAUAACGCACCAAUACACACUGCCCAUUGCUCGAGGGAGUGGCUAGAGCUUCACGGAGUUCAUACAAUCGAUUGGCCACCAUACUCACCCGAUCUCAACCCGAUAGAACACCUUUGGUGGGCUCUCAAAAAGCAACUCCAUAAGCUUAAGCCUCACCUUGAUAAUAUAGGAGACUCAGAUAGUGAGUGGGUUGAGUUUGAAUUGGGCUUGAAGGAGGCGUGGGCUGCCAUACCCGAGAAACUGGUGCGCGACCUCAUUACGUCUAUGCCGCGCCGCAUCAAUGCAGUUCUUCAAGCAAAGGGGUACCAGACACGAUAUUAA